AUGAUAGAGAUUGAUAACAAUGGAGAACAACAAAUAAAACAAGAUGAGUUGACCAAUGUUGUAAAAGAAAACAAUAAGGGAAAAGAUCAAGAAGAUGCUGCUGACGACACACAACAACAACAAAGCGACAAUAGCAGCAAUAUGGAAGAAAAUCAAUCGAGUACUACGCCAAACCACAAUAAAAAAAAGAAAAGAAAAAAAGUUCAGCAACAAAGUACAGCAACAAUUAAACCUACAAGUAUAAAUAAUCAUAGUAGUAGUGGUGGUCAUAUGAAUAAUAGAUUUGGAUCACUAGAUGAUGACGAUUUAAUCGAUGAUGAAAUGACUUUAAGUGAUAAAUUAAAGAAGAAAAAGAAAAGAAAAGGUACAACUACAACAACAACAACAACUACAACAGCAACGACAUCAAAUUCAAGUGGUUCAGUUAGCCAAUCACAAAUAUUGAAUCUAGUAAAUAAUAAUAGUAAUGAUGUAUUUGAAGAGAUCUAUGGUAAACAUGCAAAGGUUGAAAUUGAAUUAUUAAAACAAAAAAGAAAUAGUGGAUGUUCAGUUAGAGAUUUACAACAUUACUUGCUUUGGUUGUUAUCAGAUUUCCAAUUACCAUUACCUGCAUGGGUAUUUACAAAGAAUAAACCACUCUUACAAAAGGUGGUUCUCAUUACAUUGCCAGGUCUCAAUUAUAUGAUGUUUGAAAAGGCAACUUUACUCACUGGAAAACCAUGGUUCCAGUCAUUCCUUACACAACGCAUGUUAUUCAAUGUUCCUUCAAACUCUAUCAUGACGCCUCCUGGAUCUUCCAUUUACGCGAAUCUACUUCAAAUCAAAUCAACCACUAAAUCAAAUCACAAAAACGCUGCUCAAAAAGGUCCCAUCGUACAUGUUUCUGCCUAUGUACUAACCGACGAAGAAUUAAUAGAAAAUGGUUAUCCAAUGCCAAAUCUUUAUUUUGACAAAGAAGGAUGGUCAACACCAAAUAGAGAUGGAAGUGGACAUGAAUUAUUAUCAAUAGAUUGUGAAAUGUGUAGAACAAAUGAAGGAUUAGAAUUGGCAAGAAUUAGUAUUGUAAAUGAAAGUAAAACAGUUUUAAUGGAUGAAUAUGUAAAACCAGAUAAUGAAAUUAUCGAUUAUUUGACUGUAUACAGUGGCAUUACAAGCGAGACUUUAAAAAAUGUCAAAACGAAAUUGGCAGAUAUUCAAACCAAGAUGUUGGCACUUGUAAGCAAGUCCACCAUUCUUAUGGGCCACUCGCUCGAGAAUGACUUUAAAGCAUUGCGAUUUGCACAUGGUCGUGUUAUUGACACUGCCGUGCUCUACCCAACCGGGUCAACCAACAAAUUCCCACUCCGUUAUCUCACCAAAAAAUACUUGAACCGAGUCAUCCAAAACAAUGGAGGAGGCGGACACAACUCGACCGAAGAUGCCAUUGCAGUGAUGGAUUUGGUCAAGCUCAAGGUGGCAAGAGGCAAGUCUUUUGGUACAAAGGCUGAAAAAUUUGAAAACCUCUUUGACAAGUUGGUGCAAUACAAGAAAAAGGCUACAUUGGUCGACACGAUGGAUGAAAUAGCCGCCCACGCAACUCCAUCAGUUUCUGCAUUCAAGUGUGCCAAUGACGAGGAAAUGGUCGAAAGAAUGAUCAAGCAGGUCAAAGGUCCAAGUGAUUUUAUUUGCUCUAGAAUCUAUCAACUUUCUCAUUAUUAUAAAUCAAUCGAUCAACAUAAACCAACCACAAACAACAAAAAUCAUACCACAAAAGAAGAAAAAGAAGAGGAAGAGGAAGAAAAAGAAAAAGAAACUUUAACUUCUACCACUACUACUACCACUUCAACAACAUUAUCAGUAUCAUCUGAUGAUAGUCCACAAGAACAAAAUGGUGCAGAUGAAACACAACAACAACCAAUUAAAAAUAUUACUCCAAUAGUAGUCGAUGAAAGUAUAGUCAAAGAGUUGGAUUCAUGGGGUGGAAUGCCAGUCGAUCAGAAAUUGUAUGAUUUAUUGGAUUCAGUAAACGAAAAGAUCAAAAAGAUUUGGGAUAAUAUGACACCAAAUUCAAUGAUGAUUUUGGCUUGUGGACCUGGUCCAUACAAUGACAUUAAUCGAUUUAGAGGUGUUGCAGGAAAGGAAUCUGAAUAUGUUUUAUCAUUAUCAGGUUCAAAGGAGGGAUUUUUAUUUUUGGGUGUAAAAUAA